GUCACACCCUACUUAUUCAUAAUGGCAAAAUAUUCUUUAAGCGGCAAAUUACCCAGGAUAUGGUAGGAAAAAAACUCGGCGAAUUUUCUCCUACUCGUCAAUCUGUUACUAUUAAAAGUUCACCAAUUUCUAUCUCGCCCCAAAAAAUGAACGUGGUCGCGGGAAUAAUUCGCAAAAAAGAGUUAGAUUAUUCUUUGAAAAUUCUCGAAUUUUUACCAACAAAGGGCGGACGAAUACUGCACAAAUUGUUAGCCGGAGCCGCCAAAAGUUUGGAAAAAAAUAAAGAACAAACCA